AUGGCGAAUGAACAAGCUUGGAAGUUAAGAAAUGGCGUCUGGGAGCAAGAGCUCGGAUUUAUGACCAAGUUCUACGCUUCACUUACACCUUCUCAAGGCCACCCAAUGCAUUGGAUGAUUGCGAGUGCCGUCAAGUACAAUUAUAGCGGUCCGUCACUUCACCUUGAGGAUGCCUUCCGCAGUGCCUGGGUAGAAAUGCGCUAUAAAUACCCGGCUCUUGCAAGCCAAGUGGUUGGCCACAAAAAGGUAUACCGGGCUGUUAAUGACGACACAUUAACGAAAUGGCUUGCUUCAUCGUUCAAAAUUCACCGAGACCAAUCUGCCAAUCAGAUAUUGAGGGAACUUGUUCUGGCACCUUUCAUUACACUACACUGCUUCCCAUCGUCGAAGGAACUCAUGAUUACUACCGCUCAUACAUUUAUGGAUGGGAGGGGAAUGCUUUUACUAUAUAAUGCGUUUUUCAGUGCACUCACAAAUCCAGGUGACUUCAACCUCACGAGUGAAGCUUCCCGACUGCCAUUGACUGAAGACGAAUUACUUGGGCUUGGUGAUUCGACUGAACGCGACAGAAAGAAUGCUGUACUGCUUCUUGAACGAUAUUUGCAGGAUAAACCGAUUAUGAUGCCGGUCAAAAAUAUGGGAGGAUCUCCAGCAGGCACUUCCCGACAAGAAUUGAAGCUCUCAAUCGAGGAGACCAAUGCAGUCAUUCGCGUAUGCAAGCAAAGACACUUUAGUGUGACAUCUGCCUGGCAUGCCGCCCUGAUAUUUGCUGUCAGGAACAUUCAAGCUACUGCAGGCGAGAUAGGAACCUCCUAUACGAGUUUCACGAGCUUUGACUUGCGGCCAUACUUCCCAACAUCAUUUAACGCACAAGAGCAGCCUGUUUCUUGCUACCACACCGGGAUUCCCUUUCAUGUCACUGCUGAAGGAAAAUCAUUUGACGGCAUAUGCCUGGAGGUCCAUGAACAAUACCAGGCUGGCUUCAAGACUGAGUCUGUGAAUAUCGGCCUGCUUCCAAUAUUUGGAGAGCUAGUCACAGACUCGUUCGCUGCAGGACCGCAACUGAGCAGUACUCCAGUGUUGUCUAGCAUUGGGAUUAUGGACAGAUUUCUGAGCAGCUCAUUUGGCUCUGAAUGGAAGAUUGAGGACGUAUGGUUAGCGGAUACUAUGCAGACUCCGGAGAUCGAAGCAUUUCUGUGGUCUUGGGCCGGCCAAAUUGUACUCAGUGGAUCUUUCAACGAAGCAUUUUACGGAAAGGAGGAGGUAAUGAUGCUUUUAAAGGUUAUCAAGGAAGAACUGUUUCUGGGUUUAGGAAUAUAG